CCACACACAGUAGCAGUAGUAGAAGAAGAAUGACGGACACAAAGGUAGAGACGAUAUCAAGGUUAGCUCAAUGGAGGAUCGAUAACUUCGGAGCAUCCACUUACAAGCGAUCUGACCCUUUUAAAAUUGGUAUUUGGAACUGGCACUUAUCAAUUGAAAAGAACCGGUAUUUGUAUAUUCGGUUGUUUCCAGAACCAUCUCGGCUUUCAAAAGAGCAGCUUCCUCCUCCGUUUGCUCGGUUUAUGCUCCGUGUCACCACCACCGGCACCAACCGUAGACCUCACAUAUCUCCUGGUACCUUUUACUUUCACGUUUUUUUUUUUCGCUCUUCUGUGUUUUGAUUGUGUAUUUAUACAUAAAGUUUAAGAAAUAAAGAAAGGCUUGAAAUUUACCUAACUCCGUAUUUCCUUUUUUGGUCUGUUUCAAAAAGAAUAAUCCUUUCAAAAUUUGAAAAUAAUUUUGCUUAAACUUACAAUUCGCUUUUAUAACACACAAAUAUUCUGGACCACUUUUUGA